AUGUUUUGGGCGCUUUUAUUCUGCUUGUGGACGUUUUCGACGCUCGUCGGGCUCAAUGCGCGCGCCAAUGCCGCGCAGGGGAUGAGCGUGUCCGUUGACCCACAGCAUAUCGUCGUCAUCGCUCUGGCGGGUCUGUUUGCGCUAUUUACUGCGAUCAUGCUCAUCACGCACGUCACACUCAUCUCGGGCAACUACACGACAGUGGAGCACAUGUCGAUGCGGACGAUGAAAGAGAAGGAGCGAGAUAUGUUGUCGCAGGUGCAUCCCAUAUGGGCCAUAUCUGCAAAGAAGCGGACGGUGAGCGAGUGGGAUAGGGAGUGGGGAAAGAUGGAGACGGAGGGAAACUUAUGGUACCUUGGGAGCGUGCGCGCGCACUGGGAGCUUGUCAUGGGCACGAAUGCCUGGACGUGGUUCCUCCCGGUCGGUCGGGGCACUUCGGAUGGUGUCACGUUCGAGAGGAACCCCCGUUUCGAUGCGAAAGGCCGAUGGAUGCCCAGGCGGGAGUGGCCUGCGGAGUUGCAGUGAAUGGUGGCCGGUAUAGCGGUGAGACUGGACGGUGACUCCCCUUCGUUUCGAUAUGGGUUUUUAUUAUUAUGGAGGUGGCUCCGUUCGGGCCGUGUAGCACCACCCUGACAUUGGAUGCUGAUUUAUGAGUAUGCACAACCUAUAUACGCGACUUGAUGCUACUAUGUAUCGGCUGUCC